ACAGCAGAUGAGGUGCAAUCUACGUAUCUGAGUUGUGUGGUGCACUUUGGACACACUGGACCAACCAUAUCACUCUGCACAAAUAUUAUAUUGUAACAAGUUUUAUUAUUGCAAGUUGAAGUAGUGUCAAGACUCAAACUUGUUGAACAGAGAUCAUCUGAGCAGAAAAAUGGCCACCAUCACCGCUUGCAUUUCAGCCACCCAAGUUGGCCUAGCCAACAAGGCACCCAUUCUGCGAGCUUCUUCCCCAAUUCUUGGAUUGCCAGUCAUGCCAAAAGUCGGAAAGGUGAGGUGCUCAAUGAAAGCCAACACUGGAUCGCAAAAGGGCAGCACCAAGGUGGAUAUGGGAGCAUCAUUGAUGGCUGCUGCUACUGCUGCAGCCAUGUCGAGCCCUGCAGCCAUGGCACUAGUUGAUGAAAGAUUGAGCACGGAAGGAACUGGACUUCCAUUUGGCUUGAGCAACAACCUUCUUGGUUGGAUCCUUUUGGGCAUGUUUGGUUUGAUUUGGUCGCUUUACUUUGUUUACACCUCCGGCCUUGAUGAGGACGAGGAAUCUGGUUUAUCCCUGUAAGCUAAAAUUGUACACCUCUUUGAAAUCGGCAACCAUGUAAAACCAGUACAUUAUUAAGUUUCAUUUGAUUGUACUCUA